AUGACUAUCGCCAACUUCAUCCUCAGCACCGCUGGCCGGUAUAGGGAUGACCCUGCACAAUCCCUUCUUGUGACCCUUCUUUGUGCCCCGCUGGUGUACAUCCUGGUCAAUGAGCUAGUCAGAAAGAAUGCCCGGCUACAAAUGAAAGGUCCUUCUGGCCUGCCUCUCAUCGGUCACUUGUGGGAUAUCCGAGUCAAUGCUGCUGAAAAGUAUCGAGAGUGGUCUCGCAAGUACGGUGAAGUGUACCAGAUCCAGCUUGGCAACAUUCCCGUCGUUGUCGUCAACUCUGCUUCUGCUGCUCGAGCCAUCUUCGGCCAGAAUGCCCAGGCCCUCAGCUCAAGGCCCGAGUUCUAUACAUUCCACAAGGUGCUCUCCGACACUGCCGGUACCACCAUUGGUACAUCUCCUUACAGCGACUCUCUCAAGCGCCGCAGAAAGGGUGCUGCCUCGGCUCUCAACCGACCCUCUGUCGCUACCUACGUUCCCCAUCUUGAGGUUGAGACCCGGGACUUCAUCAAGGAGCUCUACGAUUAUGGCGAUGCUGGAAACACCCCCGUUGAUCCCAUGCCCAUGAUUCAGCGUCUGUCUCUGUCUCUUGCUUUGACUCUCAACUGGGGAACCCGUCUGAAGAGCCAGAAGGAUAAUUUGUUUGGCGAGAUCACCCACGUCGAGGAAGAAAUCAGCAAGUUCCGAUCCACCACUGGCAACCUUCAAGACUAUAUUCCAAUUCUCCGUCUCAACCCGUUCAACUUUCACUCCAGCAAGGCUCGUGAGAUGCGCAACCGUCGUGACAAGUAUCUUACCGACCUGAACGACGCCCUCGACGAGCGUAUUGCCAACGGUACAUACAAACCCUGCAUUCAGGCCAACGUCAUCCUCGACAAGGAGGCAAAGCUGAACAAGGAGGAGUUGACUUCCAUCAGCUUGACCAUGUUGUCUGGCGGUCUAGAUACCGUGACCACUCAAGUCGCCUGGUUCUGUUCUCUGCUCUCUCAGCGCCCUGACGUCCAGGAGAAGGCCAUCAAGGAGAUUCGUAAGUUCUACGCUGAGGAUGAGCCCAUGUGCGACGAGAAUGACGACCAGAAGUGCGAGUACGUCGUGGCACUUGUCAAGGAGGCUCUUCGAUACUACUGCGUAUUGCGCCUUGCUCUCCCUCGUGCAUCCAUCAAGGAUAUUGUCUUCCAGGGCAACUUUAUUCCCAAGGGUACCAUUGUCUUCUUGAACGCCUGGGCUUGCAACAUGGAUCCCGUUGUCUGGUCUGACCCUGAAGUGUUCCGUCCCGAGCGCUGGCUCGAGCAGCCCGACGCUCCGCUCUUUACCUAUGGUGUCGGAUACCGCAUGUGCGCCGGAUCUCUUCUGGCCAACCGUGAGCUUUACCUCGUCUUCAUGCGCCUGCUUAACAGCUUCCGCAUCGAGAAGUUUGACGAGAUCGACUGCCAUCCCAUCACCGGCAAUGCUGAUCCCAGGAGUCUGGUCGCUCUGCCACCGCGCUUCAAGGCCCGCUUCGUUCCCCGUCACCCAGCGGCGCUGAAGAAGGCUGUAUCACAAGCAGCUUAG